AUGGAAAAGUACAGAAAGUUCGCGGAUGCCGCAACGGGCAUCAACCCCUUCGCGCUGGUGCGGUCACCCACAACCCUUUCCUUGGUGAUUGCCGCGGCACUGUUUCCCCUCCGCCUUGCGGGGGCGCUGCUGCUGCUACUGCCUCUGCUCUUUGUGCUGGAUGUGCUGGUGUAUGCCUUCUUCCUCGUCCCAGGCAUGUCGUGUGUAUCGCGGCUGCUGCUCGCGCCCUGCCAGCGAGGCCUGCUUCGGGGCCUGCUCUUCGCCGGCGGCAACCUUGGCCUCACGCGGGAGUCGCCGAAGACGGUGGCGAUGGCAAACGCGGCAGGCAGGGACGCAGCACCAGCGGCUGGGGACGUUGUGGUGGUGAACAUGCAGUCUCCCUGGGAUAUGUGCGUGCUUGAGGUGGCUGGGCUGCUGCCGCGGUGCAUAGUCGCCUUCUACGUUGGUGGAGCCGCCACCACCACUACCGCCGGGGCGUCAGCGAAGAAGACGGACGACGACGGCAGCAGCAGCGACGGGCUUUUAGUGGUGGGGCCGUCCCCGCUGCAGCGCUGGCACGUGUGGUGGCACAUUUACGGAACGGGGACCGUCGAAUUUCUCCGUGCCGCGGCUGCUUGCGGUGGUAGUGGGGCCGGCAACAGCGGCCACAAUGGGUCGGUCGUCCACCUUACGAGGCUGCAGCAGCGAUGUGAGCGCCUUGGCGUGCCGCUCAUAUUUUUCCCGGAAGGCAGCUGCACAAAUGGCAAGGGGAUGUUGAUCACCGCACCGCUGCGGACCCGCACUGCCCCAAGACGCGUCUUUGUCGCCGCCAUUGAUUACGACACCACGGCGGUGCACACGGUGCUGCGUCCACGUCGGUUGUUGUCGUUUUUGUUUUCUAUGAGCGCGUCUCUGCACGGCAGCCACGACCCAGCGUGGUACAGCCCCCCCUUCCCCGUAGCCACUCUGCGGAUGGCGGUGUUGACGGCGAGCCCACCGACUGCCACCGGCGAGGGCGACACCGCCGUCGUGUGGGAAAGUGCAAAGGUGCGGCAGGCUUUGUGCGCCGCGUCAAGGUCGCGGCGGGCGUUGGCGGUUGGUCUGCGUGAGAAGUGCGGCUACGCCGAGGCGUGCGAGGGCAGGAGGGCGGGGAACGUUUUCAAGUAA